CACAAUAAUCUUGUGUGUUAGUGUAAGGAUUAAUAAUUAUGAAUUAGUUGAAAUUUCAACAUAAAUGUGAAAACAUUAGUUAAUAAUCAUUAGACAAACAUUCAUUGGAACAAUCUUUGAUAUAUUUGACAUAAACCCUAUAUGUAGGCUAGUGGGUGCACCAACUCUUUCAUGUAACCAACUAACUUAGCAUUGAACAACAUUGAACUAUUAUGUCUAAUGUCUUCCUCCCUCUCAAAAUCAAGACCUACUUCUCGCCAACCUCAUGUCUCUCUCUCUCUUCUUCAACCCCUAUAAAUGAAAUAUUUCUUGAUCCCACUAUCCACAUCAACAAUCCAACUCUUCUUCUAACUAAAUCCCAUAUAGGCAUAUACUAUUAUUAUUGUUAUUGCUUACUUGGUCUUGGAAGGAGACAAUGGAAUCCUCAAACAGAAAUAUACCCCAUUCUCCAUUUGCUCUUUCCUUUCUUUGUUUCAUGUUGAUUCUUUUUGCCAAUGCAUUAUUAGUGCCCACUUUGGCGCAAGAGGUUCACCAACAUGAGUUCAUUGUACAAGCCACAAAAGUAAAGAGACUAUGUAAUACUCACAAUAGCAUUACAGUGAAUGGACAGUUUCCUGGUCCAACUUUGGAAGUGAAGAAUGGUGACACUUUGGUCAUCAAAGUAACAAACAAAGCAAUAUACAAUGUCACCAUACACUGGCAUGGAAUACGACAGAUGAGAACGGGAUGGGCUGAUGGACCAGAGUUCAUAACUCAAUGUCCCAUUAGACCAGGAGCAAGUUAUACUUACCGAUUCACAAUUCAAGACCAAGAGGGUACACUAUGGUGGCAUGCCCACAGCUCUUGGCUUAGAGCCACUGUUUAUGGCGCUCUUAUUAUUCAACCUAAGGAAGGAACUUCUUAUCCUUUCUCCAAACCUAAUCGUCAAACGCCCAUUCUCCUAGGUGAAUGGUGGGAUGCUAACCCGAUAGACGUUGUUAGAGAAGCCACGAGAACAGGGGCUGCUCCCAAUGUAUCCAAUGCUUUCACCAUUAAUGGCCAGCCGGGUGAUUUCUAUAAUUGCUCUAGCAAAGAUACUGUGGUAAUUCCUAUUGAGUCCGGUGAAACCAAUCUUCUUAGAGUUAUCAACGCUGCGAUGAACCAACAGCUCUUCUUUACUGUUGCCAACCACAAGCUAACCGUCGUAGGUGCUGAUGCUUCCUACCUAAAACCAUUCACCACAAACGUUAUCAUGCUCGGCCCUGGACAAACAACUGACGUUUUGAUUACUGGGGAUCAGCCCACGGCUCAAUACUACAUCGCAGCUCGUGCCUAUCAAAGUGCCCAAGGAGCUCCCUUCGACAACACAACCACAACCGCUAUUCUCCACUACAAGAACGCGUCUUUCCAAGCAAAGGGUAUUUCCGUUAAACCUAUGGCAGCAGCCUUGCCUAGAUUUAAUGAUACCCAAACCGCUACAGCAUUCACCACGGCUCUACGAAGUCCUAAAAGAGUUGUUGUGCCAACCGAGAUUGACGAAAACUUAUUUAUAACUGCCGGGCUCGGAAUCAACAAGUGCCCAUCUGCUGCAAGGGCACGUAACUGUCAAGCUCCAAACGGGACCCGCUUUACAGCUAGCAUGAACAAUGCUUCUUUUGUCCUUCCAUCAAAUUUCUCAAUAUUGCAAGCCUUUCACCAGGGAAUUCCCGGAGUUUACACAACUGACUUCCCAUCGAAUCCGCCUGUUAAAUUUGAUUACACAGGCAAUGUUAGUAGAUCUCUUUGGCAACCUAUUCCCGGGACAAAAGCUUACAAGCUAAAAUAUGGAUCUAGAGUACAAGUAGUUAUACAGGGAACCAGUAUCUUCACAUCGGAGAAUCACCCAAUUCAUCUUCAUGGAUAUGACUUCUAUAUUAUAGCAGAAGGAUUUGGAAACUUCAACCCGAAAACGGAUACCUCAAAGUUUAAUCUUGUGGACCCGCCAAUGAGGAACACUGCCAGUUUACCUGUAGGUGGAUGGACAGUCAUUAGAUUUGUUGCAGACAAUCCUGGAGCAUGGGUAAUGCAUUGUCAUUUGGACGUACACAUAAACUGGGGCUUGGCAAUGGUUUUCCUUGUCGAAAAUGGAGUCGGUGAAUCGCAGAGAUUGGAGCCACCUCCUGCAGAUCUUCCUGUGUGUUAAGAGGCAUCAUGAGAUUAAAUUCAACUUGACAUACAUUUAAGAAUAUUAUUUCUUUUUCCUUUCUUCAUCACUCUUUCACCAUUAAAAAGGCCAGUUAAAAAGAAAUUGU